CCCCCAUACACCCAGCCCCCAUACACCCAGCCCCCCAACACCCAGCACCCCCAUACACCCAGCCCCCAUACCCAGCCCCCCAUACACCCAGCACCCCCAUACACCCAGCCCCCCACACACCCAGCACCCCCACACACCCCCCCCAUACACCCAGCCCCCCAUACACCCAGCCCCCAUACACCCAGCACCCCCCAUACACCCAGCCCCCUCAUACACCCAGCCCCCUCACACCCAGCCCCCCAUACACCCAGCCCCAUACACCCAGCCCCCAUACACCCAGCACCCCCAUACACCCAGCCUAUACACACCCAGCCCCCACACACCCAGCCCCAUACACCCAGCCCCCCAUACACCCAGCCCCCCAUACACCCAGCACCCCCCAUACACCCAGCCCCCUCAUACACCCAGCCCCUCAUACACCCAGCCCCCCCAUACACCCAGCCCCCCAUACACCCAGCACUCCCCAUACACCCAAGAUCCUUCACGCUGAUCAUGGAGGUCUGGACUUGA